AGAGCAAGGAGAGGGAGAGAGAGGGGGAGUGAGAGAGACGCGGGACAGUGAGCGCGCAGCCGUCUGCGCAUGGACUGCAUCUGUGCGCUUUUUCCUGCCAAAAGACGCACCAGCGACGCUUUUUAAAACGUGCUCUAUCAAAAGAAAAGACGUAGGCUGAUAAACACCAAGCACUUCUUGAGGAAACCGAAGCAAGUGGACAGGAUGCUGAGCUCAGGCAAAGCAAGAGUAUCCAAGCAAGUGGGGGAGACGCAGGAAACGGUGCGGGAGCGACCCACUAGUGCCGCUGGACAAAAGCACCUGCUCCAGAGGAACCCUCCGCAUCCUCUGGCGCGUCUUUCCUUAUUUUAAACAGUUGGAUUUUUCGCUGAUGACAUACAUCUGCUAUCCACAGUACGAAAUAUGGGCGCAAUGACACUGAUGGACGUACAUUACAUUUGAAAAACACAUUUGAAACCAAGAGAAGAAAACAAAGGUUUUAAAUUAUUGUGACCAGAGAGAUCUGCAGAAAUGGCUGACGGAGUCUCAUGGCUCUAUAUAUGCAUGGAGGUGCUGAUAGCUGUCGCCUCUGUGAUUGGGAAUGUGAUGGUGGUUUGGGCGGUGAAAAUUAAUAAGUCCCUCCGAGACACCACGUUUUGCUUCGUCGUCUCCUUGGCUGUGGCGGAUAUUGCAGUGGGAGCGCUCGUCAUCCCCCUGGCCAUCACGGUCAGCAUCGGACUUGAGACUCACUUUUACAGCUGCCUGCUUUCAACGUGCAUCAUGCUCGUCCUGACGCAAAGUUCAAUCCUGGCUCUGUUGGCCAUCGCGAUUGACCGCUAUCUCAGGGUCAAGAUCCCAACCAGGUACAAGCGGGUGGUGACCUCUCAGCGUGCUGCUCUGGCUGUGGUGGUAUGCUGGACUGUGGCGUUUAUUGUGGGACUAACACCCAUGUUAGGCUGGAACAAGCUAAAGGAGCAUCAGCAGCAGAAUGGCUCAAACAGCUCGAACCCUAUUGUCACCUGCAGGUUUGAAGAAGUCAUUGGUAUGGACUACAUGGUUUACUUCAACUUUUUCGGCUGGGUGCUGCCGCCACUGCUGCUGAUGCUGGUCAUAUAUAUUGAGAUCUUUUACAUGAUCCACAAGCAGCUUAACAACAAGAAAAUCACCUCCAGCUACUCAGACCCCAACAAGUACUACGACAAAGAGUUGAAUCUUGCCAAAUCUUUGGUUUUGGUGCUUGUCCUGUUUGCCAUUAGCUGGCUGCCUCUUCAUAUAAUCAACUGCAUCACACUCUUCUGCAAAAACGCUGCUCCGCAGGUUCUGCUCUACAUCUCCAUCCUGCUCACCCAUGGCAACUCCGCUGUAAAUCCAAUCGUUUAUGCUUUUCGGAUCAAAAAGUUUCGCACCGCAUUUCAUAAAAUUUUGCAGCAGUACUUCUGCUGCAAGAAGACGCAGAUGCUGGACUUCCAGCAAAGUGACAGAAAAGACAUGACUAAUAUGGGACCGCCGUCGUCCUCUCCACAGCAACCCACUCAUAUAGGGGACUUUAAAUCUUAUCCUCCACUUGAACUGCAGCAGCAGCCUCCACAGACACUCCAGGAGGAGCAGAAGAUUAAAACACCUCAGCAAACAUACAAUUUUUCCCAUUUCACGGAACAGAACGCAUCCUAAACAAAUGAGAAAACAAAUGAGAAAACUGGAUGGACAAGUAGGCUCCCUUCUUAUUUGAAUGUAAUUUGAUGAGACUGAUGGAUUAAAGCACAAGACUACAAAGCUCUUGCGAUUAGCAACAUGGGUCUCUGGAAGAAUUUCUUGGGAAGAGCAUGCAGAAAAAUAUUGCAGGAAGCCUGAAGUAAUAUAAGUAUUUGACUAUGUGCUUUUCUUAGUAAGAUAAUGAGUUCAUGGCACUUCAAUUGUCUUAUUCUUUAUGAUGAAAAGUUUGUGUGCAAUAUAAGUUAUUGUGGUUUAUCACUAUCAAAGUCUCUAUCUUAUAACUUGCCUGAACAUUUAUACAUUAAAUAGAGAAGGGUAAUAUUACUAUUUAAGACUGUAUAUUUUCACUGACUCCUGCAAAAAAAAAAAGAAAAAGAGAUUGUAAUCAUGUAAAUAUGAGACAACAUUCAGCUGUGAAUACUCGACUAAUCUUCAGGGUCUAAACUGUACAGCAGCGUGUGCAAGGAGUCCUGAGGUUAAGAAAUAAGGGGUGUUGUAUGCAGUUAGUGUCUCUCAGCUCCAGCUUUGGCCUCAGGUGAUCCAACUGCAGAUUUCCACUGCAGAAGGAGUGGAUGGUGAUAAAAAAACGAGCACACAGAGGUUUUAAAAUUACAAAAUAAGAGUAAUACAUGUAGGACAUUUGUAGCAGCGGACAGUCAGUAUCCUGUACGUUUUCUUUUCAUCAUUGGCAACAGUUUACUAUCACCGACUGUGGCUUUCUUGGCCUUAUUCAAACAUUUAAAGAAUACUGAUUCAAUUCUGAAAUGUCAGCCUGAAGAUUGUGAGGUUUCACUAACCUGUAAACUCGUUAUUUUUGCAUAUUGCCAAACUGAAGCAUUUUAAGACUGAUAAUUAAAAAAAUGUCAAAUUCCUCUUAAACACACUGUAAGAGAAA